UUUUCCCUAACUUCGUGUUCGGUUACCCUUCUUGCAGAUAAAGUUUCUGCUUCUCAUAUCUCUCCUUUGUCCUUUAUGAUGCCUGGGGUCAAUCCUGAACAAUCCGACAAGGAUUCGGAGCCUUUUGUAGAGAUCGAUCCGACCGGCCGUUAUGGUCGUUACACUGAACUUCUAGGUUCGGGGGCGGUCAAAAGGGUCUACCGCGCAUUUGAUCAAGAGGAAGGGAUCGAAGUUGCAUGGAACCAAGUCAAACUGAGGAACCUUUCCAACGAUCCAUCGAUGAUCGACAGGCUGUUUUCGGAGGUUCGGUUACUGAGAUCAUUGACCAACAAGAACAUUAUCUCGUUGCACAAUGUCUGGCGCGACCAGGAGCAUAACACCCUGAAUUUCAUCACUGAAGUCUGUACUUCUGGGAAUUUGAGGGAGUACAGGAAGAAGCACAGGCAGGUGUCAAUGAAGGCAUUGAAGAAAUGGUCGAAGCAGAUUUUGACAGGGUUGGAUUAUCUGCAUACUCAUGAGCCUUGUAUCAUUCACAGAGAUCUCAAUUGCAGCAAUGUUUUUGUUAAUGGAAACACCGGCCAGGUUAAGAUUGGUGAUCUGGGAUUGGCAGCCACCGUGGGGAAGAGCCAUUCGGCACAUUCAGUCCUCGGGACACCGGAAUUCAUGGCACCAGAGCUGUAUGAUGAAGAUUACACAGAACUUAUCGACAUAUACUCAUUUGGUAUGUGUGUGCUUGAGAUGGUGACCUUGGAAAUCCCCUAUAGUGAGUGUGACAAUGUGGCCAAGAUUUACAAGAAGGUGUCAAGUGGGGUGAGGCCUCAAGCCUUGAGCAAGGUUAGGGAUCCGGACGUCAAGGCAUUCAUUGAGAGGUGCCUUGCUCAGCCUAGGGCAAGGCCCUCCGCAGCGGAGCUCCUCCGGGACUCGUUUUUCGAUGAAGUUGAUGAUGAUGAUGAUGAAAAUAUUGAUAGCUGAAUUUCUCCAUGACUAAAUGCUAAUUUUCAAUGUAGUAUAUAUGACUGAAUUAGGCCUAGGUUUUUUUUAUUGUUUAUCUUUUUCUAAUCUUAAAGUGUUCAUGAUUGAUUUGGAUGCAAAUCCAAAUCAAUGGUUAGGUUUUUUUUCCCUUUAAAUUUCUCUUUCAAGUAGGUUAAUUGGAUAACUUAGGAGAGUUCCCUUUAGGGGAGGGAAAGUUAAGGGUUCUAAAGUUUAUUUUGUACAUAUUGUUUUUUCUAAACAUACAAUAUAUCUAAAUAUAAAUGAGAAAGAAAAAAAAUUUACGAUU